AUGGAGAAUACGGAGGAGGAGCUGAAGAGUAAAGGGCCAGAACCGAGAAGUGAUGAGGCAGAACCGAAGAGUAAGGGGCCAGAACCGAAGAGAAAAGAGGCGAAGGUGGAGUUCGACAUCGAUAUUGACGCGCUUCUGGCGGCAGCGAGCGACGACGACGAGCUGGAUGACGUGGACGAUCUCGACGAGGGCCUGUGGGGCGGACGCAGCCUGGAGGAGAUCCUGAAUGACGUGUCGAAUGACGACGAUGACGUGGCAGGUGCUAGUGACGAGACCUUGGAAAAUACACCCGAAUUGGGCGUUUCUGUUCAUGAUGCUACAGUUGUAGCACCAGUUCUGCCUUCUAACGGGGAUAGCACUCGUUCUCUGACCGUGCCUCGUUUAGAGUCUGCCCCUUCUGUAAUAGAGCAGCCGACAGUCCUUCUAUGCCCCUCUUCAGCCGCGUCGAAUGGCUCAUUGCCACGUGGCCCGGGUGGAUCAGGCAGCCCUGGAAGCCCUCAGUCUUUGGACGGUCGAGAUCUGUCGUUCGGCCAGUGGGAAAACGGCGUGAUUGGGAUGAAUCAGGGAAAGGGGAUCGAAGCCCAGCUUAAAGCAGACGUAGGCGCGGAGAUGAAGGAUUUGCAGGGGGAGGAAAAGGGUGAGACGAGGGAAGAGGAGGAAGUCAUCGAAGAGGAGGGUGCCGGCACACGGACGAGUGCCGUCCGGAGCGGUGAGAUAGGCGAGAAGGACAAAGAGGAAAUAGCGGAGGUUGAGGAGAAACCGGAAGAAGCGGAUGAGGAAGAGGAGGAAGAAGAGGAAGAGGAAGAGGAAGAGGAAGAGGAAGAGGAAGAGGAGGAGGUGGUGGAGGGGGAUGAAAUGCAGUGGGAGGAGAAAGAAGGUGAAGGCAGGGGUAUGGGGAACGAUGACUGUGCUGCAGUAUCAGCAGCAGCCCUGGCAGGCCCGCCCGCCGUGGGCCUACUAGAAGUCGACGCCGUGCCGCCCCUCUGCGCUGAGCUGGCACCCGCUGACGUCACUCCCGACCGAACCGACUCAGCAGGUCCGGGACAACCCGAACCAGGCUUCCGGACCAACUCGCAGUCGGCCACAGCUGUAGCAGUGCAUGAAUUGCUGGUGGCAGUGGGGACGGCAGGAGGAAAGGUUCUCCUCAUGCCUGUGCUACAACCAGCCCUGCACGGUUCCCCUUCCCCCCAUCAGCCCACCCCUGUUCCUGCCCGGAUCACAGAGCUAAUUCCCCCUCUGUCCGCCUUUGCCAGUUCCCCAAUGAGGCACGGCGGGUCGUCAGUGUCUGUGCUGGCGUUCUCCCCUGCAGCUGAUCUGCUCGCAGCAGGGCUCGCAUCCGGGGCUGUUGUGCUCUGGGAUAUCUCCUCCCUCCGCCCUCGCUUUCCUGCUUCUUCUUCUGGUGCUGGUGUUACUGCUGGUGCUGCUGGUGCUGGUGGUGAGGCGAGAGGGGGAAGGAAGGGUGGGGGGAGGGUGGGGGCGGGCGGGGGAGGCGUGGGGGGGCUGGGGAGUGCGCUGGGGGGGUUGGUGGCGCCGGUGGUGAAGGUGGUGUGGGAGCACGCUGCUGCUGUCGUGCAUGCUGGCUUCGCUGCCUCGGGACUCCCCGCUUCUGCUGCUGGUGCUAUUUGUACUGGUGCUGCUGCUGCGGGCUCUGGUGCUUCUUCUGGAGGUGUGGGCAGUGCUGCUGCUGCCACUGCCACCGGCCCUGGUAAACGGGGAGGAGGGGGAGGAGGCGGGGAGGGAAGAGGCGGAGGAGGGGCGGAAAGCAUAGGGAGUGAUUUUGGGGCGGGGCUGGUGAGUGGGGCGACGAGCCUCAUGAGCGGAGCAGCAGGGGGACUCAUGGGGGGAGCAGCAGGGAGGAGCUACGAGGUGGUGACGGGGGAUGCGAUGGAGUACGUGGUGCUGCAUUCAGUGACCUAUCUGCCCUUCCUGCGCUCCAUGAACAUCACUUCUCGCAAGAUUGGUGGUCGCUGUCUGUUGCUCUCCGCCUGGUUACCAGGUCCCAUCCACCCUUCCCAGCCUCCUUCCACCAGCUCCAACCCAGCCUCCCAAGCCUACCAGCCAGGUUCGGCAGGGCCAGCACAGCAGGGUGGACUUCCAGGCUCGGGAAAGAGCAGUGGUUUGGCAGUAGAGGCCAGGCAAAGAGGGGUAGAAGGAACGGUGGGAGGGGGAGGAGGAGCAGGGGGAGGGGAGAAGGGGGAGGGGGUAGCGGAGGAGGUGACAACGGGAGAAGUGAUGAUGGUGACAGACAAAGUGCUGCUGCUGGUAAGGGUUUAG